AGCACUAUUCUCUUCUUGUGCCACACCCUUCAAAAAGUGCUCUCUCUCAAAUUUAACUCCCUCCCCAAUUUCUUCUCCAUCUCUUUAGAUCUCUCCCCUCUUCGAUCAAAUUAAGCCUCUCAGUCUCAUCAGAUCGAGCUCAACCAAGGGUCGAUCCAAGCAAGAAUGAGCAGCGACGGCGCCUCUGGAAGCAUUGGAAUGAAGCACGACGACGGCGAUCACCGGCCGAGCACCGGAGCGUCGUCGCGGCGGUGCCCCAGCUGCGGCCACGACCCUGACUGCAACAAGCCGUUCGACAUGGUUGGGAUGCCUGCCGGCGUCAGGUUCGAUCCGACGGACCAGGAGCUGAUUGAGCACCUGGAGGCCAAGGUGAAGGAUGGCGGCUCAACAUCGCACCCUCUCAUCGAUGAGUUCAUACACACCAUUCAAGGAGAAGAUGGCAUCUGCUACACACAUCCUGAGAACCUGCCCGGUGUGACAAGGGAUGGCCUGAGCAAGCACUUCUUCCACCGGUCAGCCAAGGCCUACCCCACUGGCACAAGGAAGCGGAGGAAGGUCCUGGCUGAUCAGCAGCCUGACGACCAUCCACAGGCCAGCAAGGGCAGAAAUGUCGCGGCGGCGGAGACACGGUGGCACAAGACCGGCAAGACGCGGGAGAUCACGGUGCGCGGCCAGCCCAAGGGCUGCAAGAAGAUCCUGGUGCUCUACACCAGCUUCGGCAAGAAGCGCAAGGCGGAGAAGACCAGCUGGGUGAUGCACCAGUACCACCUCGGCGAGCUGGACGACGAGAAGGAAGGGGAGCUCAUCCUCUCCAAGGUCUUCUACCAGACGCAGACGCGGAGCGCCGCCGCAGCAGAGGCACCGGUAAGCUCGGGUGCUGCCAUGGAGGUGCAGGGACAGCAGCAGCAAGUGCUGAAGCUGCAGGCUGAUGAUGGUCACUUCAGCUCAGCUCCUACCAAGAAGAGACUGCAUCAGGAUGUUGUAGCACAAGUAAAAGUUGAUCGGGGUCACCACUGCAUGCCAGCACAACGCCAAGUCAACUUCAAUUUGAAAGUAACUCCUGUGCCCACCACCAGUUCAUUCCCUGUCGUUGUCGACAAACAGUUGUAUUCUCCUGUGGCGCUAUUCCGAAGUGAACAUCUUCAUGUAGGGAAGAACUUCAAUUCAUCAGCCCCAAAAAGCAGAUUGGCCUCACCAGCGCUGGCCUCCUGACAACCAAGAUCAACAUGGAUAACUUCCUGGAUUCACAGUAGAUGAACUUAACUGGUAAAUGGUUCUAGUGUUGAUUUUGAAACGUACAACAGAAACUGGCUGUAAUAUCUUCGGCUACUGCUAGAGUGCUAGUGCUAGUAACCUAUCUACUUCUGUUCUUAGCCCGUAGGGCAGUAUUGUUUCUUAUUGAGAAUGACUGUCUAUAUACAUGUACAAAAUCUCUUAUAUUAUGAAAUAGAGGUAAUAUGUAGUUUUUCUGUUUAUGUUUGUAGGAUACUAACAUCAAUAAAAUCAGACAUGAUAGAUUUCUUCAUCCA